CAACAACAGACAUAUGACCUGCCAAAGGCCUCCGUUGCAAUAUUUUCCUUGCUUGUAAUUAGACUACUUCAGAUCACAGUCCAUGGAACACGUCAUAUCCCUAACGACGGUACCUUUCAAUGGCGCAUACGUUUGAUGUACCCGACUCAACGGACUGGCUAAACACGGCCCUCCCAAAGCUAGCACCUGUCGAAACCGCAUUACGAUGUCAAGUAUGCAAAGACUUUUAUAAUACGCCCAUGAUAACCUCGUGCUCGCACACAUUCUGCUCGUUAUGUAUACGGCGAUGUUUAGCGUCUGACGGGCGCUGUCCGACCUGUCGCGCCGCCGGACAAGAAGUCAAUUUGCGGCGGAACGGAACAGUCGAGGAACUGGUUGAAACAUUUCAGUCGACGCGCGCAGAUAUCCUGAAACUUGCUCGAGAUGCGAUAUUCUCAGAGAGGCCCAAAAGGCGAUCUACUCCCCCUAAGCGGAAACUCGGCGACACAGACCUCGAAGCAGACGACACAAGCCGCUCGAGUUCUCGAAGAACAACAAGAUCACAAACUCAGCGCUCUCAAAGCGCAGCAGCAGCAGAUCCUGCUCCCAUCACGAUUGAAGAUGACGAGGACAGUGAAGAGCAGCAGCCAGACGACGGUCUGGUUGCAUGCCCCAUCUGCAACAGGCGAAUGAAGGCAGAGAGUGUAUUUUCACAUUUGGACAGAUGUGACGGCAAACCUGCAGACCCCCGGUCGCAAUCAUCAACGCCCAAAACACCAACACAACUUCAAACGAUAUACCCUCAGCGUGGCAUCCAAUCACCGCGACCGCCCGAACGACUGCCCAAACUCAACUACUCACUAAUGAAAGAAAACGCAUUACGCAAGAAAUUCAGCGAGCUAGGCAUCCCCGCAUGGGGCCCCAAACCGCUUCUCGAAAGACGACAUACGGAAUGGGUCAACCUGUGGAACGCAAACUGCGAUUCGUCACGACCUAAAACGAAAAAAGAGCUCUUAAACGAGCUGGAUCUCUGGGAACGCACGCAGGGCGGGUACGCGUCCGGUGGUGCCGGAUCUAGUUUGAUAAAAAAUAGUAGUAUCGGCGGCGGUGGUGGUGGGGGUGGAGGCAAUACAGUCAUGCGCAAAGAUUUUGAUGGCGCAGGGUGGGCAGCAAGUCAUAGCACGGAUUUCCAGCAGCUCAUUUCAGAAGCAAAAAGGAAAAGAAACGCGCCGCAAAGUGUACCAGCACCUGUACCAGCAUCUCCGGCGGCAGAGCCAGAAACGGACGUAAAUGCCGACAGGUCGAUAGAAGGGAGAGUAAAUGGAGCAUUGUCUGACCUUCCACUACGGGAUUCAAAUGGCAAGGUUAUCGACGACGAAGGUGGAACGGAAAAAGAUGUGGACGGUCCGGUGCAUACAUCAUCAUUAUCACCAUCAAGAUUUAAGCCGGCGUUGUUAUCGUCGUCAUCAAAGAGCAUGGAAGAGCGGGUGUUUGAGCAGCCUGAUGAUCCAAUUGAAGACCGAUGACGCCGCAUUAUUCUUUUUGAUAUCCCUUUUUCAGGCGCGCAUGAGAUAAAAUUUCAGACCUACAGCUACGGCUACGGCUGUGAUUUUGGCGAAAAAAGAAGAGCGUAUAUCUUUUUGGCCCUUCUCAUUUCUCAAAAUCUAGGUAUAUAGAAGCCAGGGACAGAUUCAGGCGCAGGCAUAUCUUAAAUUAUCUCUCUACUGGAACAGGACAAAUCUUAGUACAACAUUACUGGUAUAAAACAAAAUUAUCUCUCGCGUUC